UUGUAGUAGAGAGAUGACUUAUCAUAGUGUUCCUAUCCAAGUCAAGUGGCAAAAACAAAAGUUUUCAAUCUCUAUAGAUAAGAAUCAACCUAUUCGGGUGUUUCAAGAGGAAUUAUAUCGUUUGACGCAAGUCCCUCCCGAAAGACAAACCAUAUUGGGUUUCAAAGGUGGAAAACUUACCAAAGAUAAAGAUUGGGAUAGUUGUGGAUUGAAAGAGAAUAUGUCCAUCGUUUUGAUAGGUUCAGCUGACGAGGUCCCUAAAGCACCCACAAGUGUUCAAUUUAUAGAAGAUGUAGCUCCUCAUGGAGAAGAUUCAUUGCAGUUGUGGGAUGGAUUGCCUUGUGGUAUGGUGAACGUAGGAAAUACUUGUUAUAUGAACGCCACUGUACAGUGUCUUUCAACAGCAGAUUAUCUACUUCAUAGUAUUCGUGAAUAUUGUAAGCAACAUCCCAGUCCAAGAACUGCAAGUGAAAAGCUUGUAUCUGCACUCUUUCAAGUAUUUGUGUCUUUGCAUACCACACCUUGUAUAGGUCCCGUUGUUCCUAUGGAGUUGUUACAGCAAUUAAGAAAUGUCAAUCCUCAGUUUCAAGAGCGAAAUAAUCAUGGAGUUUAUUGUCAACAAGAUGCGGAAGAAUGUUGGUCUACUUUGCUUGCUCAAUGUCAUCAAGUACUUGUCUCACCUAGUCUAUUAUCCAUGUCUAGUUUUCCGUUGGGUGAUUCAGUCAUAGAUUUCUUAUUUGGUGUUGAGUUGGAAACCAUCGAUACCUGUUUGGAGAGUAGUGAUGAGCAACCGAGAAAGAGAAAGGAAGUUGUUAGGUCUCUCAAGUGUCAUAUUUCACAUAAUACGAGUUAUUUAGAACAAGGAUUGAAGGAAGGUUUAGAGACGACCAUUGAGUUGACUGCAGAGACAUUGGGUAAGAGUGUUGGAUGGAGUAGGAAAAGUAGAAUAUCUCGUAUGCCUCCUUAUUUGUGCAUUCAAUUUGUUCGUUUCUUUUGGAAAGCUACGGAACAAGUGAAAGCCAAAAUAUUGAGGAAUGUUUCAUUUCCUGUUCUUUUGAAUUUGUAUGAUUUUGCUACAAAUGAGUUGAAGCAGAAUAUAGAAAAGCAAUCCGAUUCACAGUUUUCUUGUGACAAUCAUGAUGAUGAUGUAGGAAAUGCGGUGGAUUGGAACACACAAUCUCAUUAUGGUCAUUAUGAGUUAAGUGCAGUAUUGACUCAUCAAGGAAGAGCUGCGGAUUCUGGACAUUAUGUAGCUUGGGUUAAACGAGAUAAAUCUUGGUAUAAAUUAGAUGAUGACAAAGUAAGUCUAGACUAACCAUCCCAUUAGACUAUUCCAACUUUUGUUUAGGUAUGUUAUUGUU